AUUAUGUUAAAAAGUGUUAUUCAUUUCUACCGGCUGCUUUCACUUUUUAUUCUAUCGGUACCCCAACUCUACCCAGUCAACCGCCAACCAAGUGUAUUUCCAAAGCCUUCUGCUUUACAGUACAGAAAUCAUCGUGAUACGUCCUUGCUUUGCUGAGUUUUAGUUGAACUUCCAUCCGGAGUUUUCGCCUGUUAGGAUAUCCGACAAUGACUUGCAGCAACAUCGGAGCUGAAGCCUAUCCCCUCAGGCUGCGUCCGCGGUCACAUGCUUCAGGCUCUAAAGCUGGUCAUACAAGCAUAGAGACUUACGUUACCCCUUGCUAAGAAUCCCAUUCUACGCUUGCAGGAUGAGACCCCGACGUACGUUUCAGGGAUCGGUCAGUCUGACGUCCUUAAGAUGGGAGCCCUAGCUGCGAAGUGGCGCGAGCCACCCCGCGAUGCCCUCGACACACUGGUGCUGGGGUCCGCAGACCUAUCCGCCUUAAACGACUAUCAGCAGUUGGAGUACAUGCCCUUUGAUGCACGGUUCAAGCGCACUGAGUCGACGAUUAAGGCACCGGAUGGUCGAGUCUUCAAGGUCACGAAGGGCGCCCCUCAUGUCAUCCUGGCCCUGCUGCCGCGCACCGACUACGCUAUCAUCCAAGCGGUUGAAGCUCAUGUGCGAGCACUGGGGCAGCGGGGCAUUCGAGCGCUGGCGGUUGCCAAGUCCGAGGGAAAUGACGCUCCGUGGCAGAUGCUUGGCCUUCUUACCUUCCUGGACCCCCCGCGCCCGGACACCAAGCGCACCAUCGAGCGGGCGCUGGAGUUCGGGGUGGACGUGAAGAUGAUCACCGGAGACCACCUGCUCAUUGCAAAGGAAACUGCACGCGUGCUGGGGCUGGGUACCAAUAUCCAGGAGCCCUCGCACCUGCCCACCAUUGACGCCGAGGGCAAGGCGCCCAAGGACCUGGGCAAGAACUACGGCAAGGUCAUUAUGGAGGCGGACGGCUUUGCUCAGGUCUUCCCCGACCACAAGUACCUGAUCGUUGAGGCUCUGCGCCAGAACGGGUUCGCAGUGGGCAUGACCGGCGACGGUGUCAACGACGCCCCCGCGCUCAAGCGAGCCGACGUGGGUGUGGCGGUGCAGGGCGCCACAGACGCGGCGCGAGCUGCCGCCGACAUCGUGCUGACGGAGCCGGGCCUGAGCACCAUCAUUGAGGCCAUCAUCGUGGCUCGCUCCAUCUUCCAGCGCAUGCAGAACUUCAUCAACUAUCGUAUCGCAGCCACACUGCAGCUGCUCACCUUCUUCUUCAUUGCCGUGCUAUCGUUUCCGCCCAGCAAGUACGAGCCGGCAGGCGUCGAGGAACCCUGGCCGUCAUACUUCCGGAUGCCGGUCAUCAUGCUGAUGCUCAUCACGCUGCUGAAUGACGGCACCCUCAUCUCGAUCGGCUACGACCACGUAAAGCCCUCGCACAUGCCGGAGAAAUGGAACUUAAAGGCUCUGUUCACCAUCUCCAUUGUGCUGGGCCUGGUUGCAUGCGGCUCCUCCCUCUUGCUGCUGUGGGCCGCGCUGGACAGCUGGAACCCCGGCAGCAUCUUCCAGCGCUGGCGUAUUGGCGGCGUGCCGUACGGCAAGAUCACCACCAUGAUCUACCUCAAGGUAUCCGUUUCCGACUUCCUCACGCUCUUCUCCGCGCGUACCCACGACGGCUUCUUCUGGUCGGUCGCACCCAGUCCCAUCCUGCUGGGCGCCGCCACGCUAGCGUUGUCGCUCUCCACGGCUCUCGCAUGCGCCUGGCCUCGCGGCCACCUGGACAAUCAGCCGGUGGAGGGGCUAGCGUACGGCAGCUACACGCUGCUUCCGCUGUGGAUCUGGUUGUACUGCAUCUUCUGGUGGUUCGUACAGGACGCGCUCAAGGUCUUUGCCUACUGGGUGAUGCGCAGGUACAACAUCUUCAACAUCAACACCCACCAGCUCGUCAACCUGCGCGAGGCCUCCCGGCCUGAGGACCCCAACCGCCCACUGGCGGCCGGCUCGGUGGGCCUCACGGAGACCAAGCUGUUGCACCACCGCAUCACUAACGCAACAGAGGUGCUGGAGCGAGUGUCAGCUGUUGCGCCGGGCCAGAUCGCCCGCGUGUCCCAGGGCCUGGCCCUGGCCCGCUCCAGCGCCCGAGUGGUGCGGGAGACGGUGUCCCGCAGGAGCCCCACCGCUGCGGCAAUGCCUCAGCCCCCUACCGAUAUGGAGGCGGCGGCAGAGACGGCACUGCCACCGGGCGAGUACGUCCACGAGUCUGUGGAGGCGCUUCGAGAGGCUGUGGAGGCGCUUAGUCCUGAGGUCCGCGCCGAGAUCGAGCCGCACCUGGCCCCGGUCCAGGCGGCGGCCGGGCAGCUGGACGAUGUGGCUCGCGCCUUCGAGCUGCCCGGGGCCAGCAGGGACUCCGCGGCAGCGCAGGCGGCGCGACGAGGCUCCCGCUAGAGCUGUGCCGGAGGGCAUGGCCUGAUAGUUGAACUUCAGAGCCACAGGUGCCCGUGCCCGUACUGCAGGGUGCAACUGCGCUUUAGGGGACCCUUCCUUUCUUACCCGGCCUCCUCCUUGUACCAGUAGCGGCACGUCAUGCUAGCGUGCAAUGUUUGCUUGUGUCCCACAUGCAACCACACUGGGUCCACAUUUGUUGUGCGCAUCAUUAGUCCACGUCGUGGGAAUCUGCUUUGAACCAUGUAGCAUGGUUUACCCAGCGCGUUUGUUAAGAUAAGUGCCGUAUGCAUGGAUUAUGAAGGCUUUCAUGUUGCUUGUCCUGGCACUCGCGUGUGCUAUGAGCUGCGGGCGCGUAUACAAAGGGUAUCUCGACCUAAGGCAUAACCUGUGCGGGGAGUGGAGGCACGAUGGAAGAGAUGGAUAGGUAGGAUGGGUAUCAUGUGGGUUUGGCAGUUACUGAGCGCAUGUACCCUACUGGCUCUAUGUCUCAAAAAUGCCAGAGUUGCAUUAGUCGUGUGGUCUAAGUUGCCAACGUAACUGGGUCGACUCCCCUCUUACGGUAAUUCAAUCUUGAGCACACAUCAAGCAGAAUGACAUUUGAAGUAAUAUUUUGCGAACUGAUGCAAGGGGCAAUGUGCAGUGAGGGC